UACAUACUUGCAUACCUACAUAUGUGUGUGUAAAUCAUGGCGACCCUGGCCGGUUUCUCGAGACUAUUUAAUUUUGCCACGAAUACUUGUAUCAGAAGAAUUAAACCAAUUUCAAUCUAUAAACAGUAUUACCCAGCGCUGAAGUUAUGGAACAUGGAAGUAGCUGGGUACAAAACAAUCAAGCAAAUGCCUUGGUUUCUUGAGCCACCAAGUUAUCAAGAAAGAGUCAUCGAGAAUACUGAAGAAAUGGAAAAAGCUGCUUCUGAUGUGCUAAGUGAAAUUAACAAACAAAUAGCUACCAACACAACUGGCCGUUUAUUUGCAGUUGUGCACGUGGGAGGACAACAGUUUAAAGUAACAGAGAGCGAUGUCAUAAUCAUUAGUGGCCACUGGCCUCCCCAACCAGGAGAAAAAAUAAAAUUAGAGAAAGUAUUAGUUGUUGGCAGUAAAGAUUUCUCCUUAAUUGGAAGGCCAGUUUUAAAUAGGGAACUGGUAUCGGUUGAUGCAACAGUUGUACAGAAAACAUUGUCCCACACAAUCACUCGUUUUAGAAUGAAACGAAGGAAACAAUUUCGCAGACUGAACUUUAUGAGAGAACACCGGACAAUGUUAAGAAUAACUUCAAUUACCAUCGAAGGAGACGUAGAUGAGACGAAAGAAGUGGAAGGCUUGAAUAGAAUAUAUUGAACAUUAUAGAACUAUAUAUAUAUUAUCAAAACAAAUUCAUAAAAAUAGCAGCAGUAAUAAAUUCCAUAUUAUUUUAUA